AUAAUAGCUUGUCCUCAAGAACUCUUUGAUCUUUGCCUCUCCUCAAAACUUUUGUUAUCCUGUCCUGUCCAUCACAAGUCUUACCAGUCAGGAUACUACGCAUCCCUUUCUACUAUAGUAUACAGUAUCUUUAAAAGCUCUACUGAUGCACCAUGCAAGAGUCCAAAGUCAUCAGCUCUGCUAGUUCAGGGGUCACAAAGACAGUCCAGCAUCAUGUGGACUUCGACGGCCCCAAUGACCCUCUCAACCCACUCAACUGGCCGAAAAAGAAGAAGUAUGUGUGCUGUCCAUGGAAGCCCUAACUCAAUCAGAAAGACUAAUUUGUGGCUACACAAUCUUAGGGUGUAUAUCUGUGCCAUUCUAGGUAUCAGUACCAUGAUAGUCGCCUUUGCCAGUAGCAUAUUCGCCCCAGCCAUACCGGUCGUGAUGCUUCUUUAUGGUGUCAGCAAAGAAGUAGCCACCUUGGGCGUUUCCCUGUAUGUCUUUGGGUUUGCCGCUGGUCCUUUGGUCUUCGGUCCCUUUUCAGAGCUCAAGGGACGAUAUAUCCCUCUCGUUUUGUCCAUGUUCGGUUUCACGAUAUUCUCCUUCGCCACUGCCGUCUCCAAAGAUGUUCAGUCCUUGUUCAUUCUUCGGUUCUUCACAGGAUUCUUUGGGUCUGGGCCCCUUACACUAGCCGGUCCAGCAUUUGCCGAUAUGUUCUCGCCCCAGCAACGUGGUGUCCCCAUCGUGAUGUUCUGUCUGAUGGUAUUCAUCGGCCCCCUAGCUGGUCCAUUCACAGGGGGCUUCAUCAUCAUGAAUCAUUCUCUAGGCUGGCGCUGGACAGCAUAUAUCCCAGGAAUUCUAGGAGCAGCCGCUCUCGUCGUCAUGACUCUUUUCCUCGAAGAGACAUUCCAGCCCGUCAUCCUGACCCGGAAAGCCGAACAUCUGCGUCGGGAAACAGGGGACUGGUCUCUCCACUCCGAACAAGAAGAAAUCCAUCUCGACCUUCGUUCCAUCAUCCGAGACAACUUGAGUUUGCCCCUAAAAAUGCUGGUCAAGGAACCGAUUGUCCUGUGCAUGUGCAUCUUCGGCGCCUUCGUCUACGGUCUGCUUUAUCUCUUCCUCACUGCCUACCCGUACGUCUUCCAGAUCAAGCGGGGGAUGAACCCAGGAGUUGGUGGGCUGCCGUACAUCGGUGUUAUUAUUGGAACGCUCUUUGGCGCUGCCGCCACCGCUGCCACCCAGCCCUGGGUGCUGCGGAAGUUGAAGCAGAACAAUGGUGAGAUGAUGCCUGAAUGGCGUCUUCCCGUUGCUAUUCCGGGUGCGGUCCUCUUCACUGGUGGACUGUUCUGGUUGGGGUGGUCUGGGUAUAAGGGCAACAUUCACUGGAUUGUACCGACCGCAUCCGGAUUGUUCACUGGCUUUGGGUUGCUCACGAUGUUUCUGCCUUCAUUGGCUUAUCUCGUGGAAGCCAGUGGUGACAAGUCAGCAUCAGCUAUCGCAGCACACACAUUCCUGCGAUCAGCAGCUGGAGGCGCAUUCCCCCUUUUCGCAACCCAAAUGUUUGAUGGACUUGGAGUAGAGUGGGCAUGUACUCUACUUGGCUGUGUCGGCGCACUUCUCAUCCCUAUUCCUCUCCUUCUGUACAUCUUCGGCGCUCGGAUCCGGGCCAGAAGCGGACUUUCAGCAUAGUUCGACUUCAGUUCCUGGUCUGCACACCAGUGCAGUGUGGGUAAAAGAAAAUAUAUAAUAGUCCCUCCAUUCUGCGUGGUCUUUUGUUUUGGGAUACCUUUUUCGCUUGGGUCUGUGGCGUGGACUUUGUUUCGGUUU